GUUAAGGCACAAUCAUUUCGAUGAGGCGCCUUACACAAUACCUAAAAAUAUAAAAUAUCUAAACGCGAAAUUAGAAAUAUAAUAUUCAAUUUAAAAAUUCGAAUAACAAUUCCUUUAGCGAACAUAUAUGAGAGAGAAGAGACUGAAACUCCAAGAUCAAGACUUUACCGAGUCGACCAAACAACAACAACAAAAGCAACAAGAACAAAAUCUCUAUCGUCUAUUCAAAGGUCAAUAAUUGAUAGAUUUUGUAAAGAUGAGCGACAAUUUGAUGGACAAAGUAAGCGCUUUUGGUGAGCGCCUCAAGAUUGGAGGUGCUGAGGUAGGUCGAAAGAUGACUGCAGGUAUGAGCUCAAUGAGUUUCAAGAUGAAGGAGUUGUUUCAAGGUCCGAACCAGGCCGAUAAACUUGUUGAAGAAGCCACAGCAGAGACUCUUGAAGAGCCUGAUUGGGCUUUAAAUCUAGAUAUUUGUGAUAUGAUUAAUCAUGAAAAAGUUAGUAGCGUUGAAUUAAUUCGUGGCAUAAAGAAGCGGAUAAUGUUGAAGGAUGCUAGGAUUCAGUACUUGGCCUUGGUGUUGCUGGAGACUUGUGUUAAGAACUGUGAGAAGGCUUUCUCGGAGGUUGCAGCUGAGAGAGUCCUCGAUGAAAUGGUGAAGCUGAUUGAUGAUCCUCAAACUGUUGUUAAUAAUAGGAAUAAGGCUCUGACGCUGAUUGAAGCAUGGGGGGAAUCAACUAGUGAGCUGCGCUAUUUGCCUGUAUAUGAAGAAACAUACAAGAGUUUAAGAUCAAGGGGUAUCCGGUUCCCUGGUCGUGACAAUGAGAGUUUGGCACCUAUCUUUACCCCUCCUCGUACAGUUUCAGCACCGGAAGUGGAUGCAAAUCUUGCUCAGCAGAUUCAGCAUGAUAUGCCCGUGGUAAGCUUUACAGCUGAACAAACUAAGGAAGCAUUUAAUGUGGCAAGAAAUAGCAUUGAACUUCUCACAACGGUCUUAUCCUCUUCACCCAAACAAGAUGCUUUACAGGAUGAUUUGACAACUACACUCGUACAGCAGUGCCGUAGGUCUCAAACUACCGUUCAGAGAAUCAUUGAAACAGCAGGAGAUAAUGAAGCGUUGCUCUUUGAAGCCUUGAAUGUGAAUGACGAGAUCCAGAAAGUUCUCUCCAAGUAUGAAGAGCUGAAGAAGCCUUCCACUCUCUCUUCUGAGUCUGAACCUGCUAUGAUUCCUGUUGCUGUUGAACCUGAUGAUUCACCUGUACAUGGAAAAGAAGAUGCCUUGAUUAGGAAGCCAGCAGGUUCACGGGGUGGAACACAUGGAGGAAGCAACGAUGACAUGAUGGAUGAUCUUGAUGAGAUGAUAUUCGGUAAGAAAAGUGGAGGCACAUCUGAAGGUGCACACGAGCCAAAGACACAGCAAUCUUCAAAAAAUGAUCUCAUCUCCUUUUGAGAUGCUCGGAUUGGAUAAUUCCAUAUUUAUAGGAAACUGAGGCCUUUGACAUCAGGCCACCUAGGUGUUCAGAUGAAUUACAUUUUUUUUAAAUGGUUUAAACCUUCAUAAACAGGACUGAUGAUUUUUUUUUUUUUUUUUCCUGCAUAACACUUGGAUUGUUCUCUGGCGAUUUCUGUGAGUAGCUUAUGUUUCUUGUUGAUACGAUUGCUUGACAUGAUAUAUAUAUCUAUGUUAUGGAAACAUUCAGUUGUUUGGAUUUUA